GCUGCCGCCUUGGCAAAUCAGAAGGAUUUACAACGGAAUUCUUCAAGCUGGAGUCUGAAGCCGCUCCGGAGGCCUCUCAGACUUGCUGGGCUCAGAUGGGCGUUUGAAGUGGCUGUGAUUCCCAUCAGGAUGGGUGCGCUCCUAGCUGGUCCUUGGCGCCGAAUUUCCGGCACCCGGAGGCAGCACCGCAGAACCGGUCACCGAGUCCUCCGAGCCUCAGGAUCAAGCUGGUAGUUCUCAACGAUGGGCAGGAGGGACCUCAGCGGCGACCCCUAAAACAAUACCAUGCCCGGAGAGUCCCUCUGCUGCCGCACCAGCUUCUUCCCUUUCCACCUCCCCGACCCGGUCGGCUUCGGAUGAGCUAAGGAGACAAGGCUACCAGGAUCAAGAAGCCCAGCUAGCUAAGUCUGUCUUGGAAGGGCUGGUCCCACACUUGCUAUUUGGAUAAAUCAUGUGGCCUGCCAGGCUGCGUGAGAGAGUCGGGGCAGUAGCUCCUGAAGGCUACCGCCACCGCCACUCUUAUCUUGGCACUUACUUCAGACGCUCCCAAGAUGACUCUCACUAUCUGUUCUCAGAUUAGAGUCUACGUUGGAGUCUCUUUCUCUCCGGGCUAUUUGUCAGUUACACUUUGAGUUUGGAGAGAAGACAGACAAGGAUGUGCCUAUGUGUUUUCUAGCCUCCUUUGUAUAUAUAAAGCACGGGGAGGGUGGCAAGCUCUCUUGAACCCCAGCGGUGUGUGCCAAUGUGAGUGAAUGCAGGAGUCGCGGCGGGUUUGGGUGGAUCCCUGUGUGGCUUGGGAGACAUCGGGCAUUUCUCCAAGUAGCCUCACCAGGGUUUAAGAGCUCAGAUACAUGAAGGUAGCAGACACAACAGCCAGCCCUGCAAGGAAAUAAAAACAAUUGGGGAAGUGCUGCCAAGUGACUCAGACUUUGAACUGAGGACAAGGAGUGCGGUCGCGCCGGGGGUUCGUCCGGAAAUCACCUCCAGCGCGUUACAGCCAACGCCCCUGCCAAAGUCCUCAGCCGGGCGAGCUGAGAAGAUCCCUUGGGAGUUGAUCCAGGCCCGCUUUCAAGUUGCAAAUCGCUUUUCCGGGGGCCCAUACCCACUGUGUGCCUCCAUGAAGACUAAAGCUCUGUGACGGCUUGUUUUCGCUUUUCUGUUAGUAUUCCGCUGGUCUCCAGACUAGUUAAAACAGGACCACAACUUGCUGGAGACACAGGGACAGCAAUGAAUGGAGGAGCAAACCAGGCCACUAUUCCUUUGCCAAAACGGGGGGUGGGGUGGGGAUCCAAUAAAGAAUCAUGUUGCCGAUUUCUUAGAUUACCCUUUAACCUUUGCAAAGAGAAUCCCAAGUGAGAAAGCUGUAUCGAUUGGACAUCUUAACUAUACAGCCGCUUCUCGUAGUCUUUGAAGCAGACGCUGUCAGUUGUCUGUUGUAAUUUAUGGAGACAACUCAUCUACUGAACAUAAUUCUUUCCAGGAGCAGCCAGGGUGACAGGGGAAAGUGGAUGUGUCUAAAUAUAAUGCCAAACUCUAAUUUCUCCAAUUAAAGUUUAUGGAAGAAAAGCUUGGUAGGCGGACUUUGAGGGGCUCGGGGUGCAGCACAUCACCAAUGUUGCCUGUGAGUGAAAUAACGCCAUUUUGGUUUGAGAGACUUGCUAUAUUUUUACCCUCUAAUGUUACGUUUCCAUCAUUUCUGAGUGUAAGUAACAGCUCCUCUGGCGUAGGCACACAUCCGGAGGACUACAGGGAAAGGGUCUUUCCAGUUUCAGAGGAGUUGCGUGUGGGGACGGAGGACCUCUGAGGAAGCUUAGAGAGAGGGAGAGGAGAGGUGCUGGGUCAAGUUGGUAUCCCUGGGUAAGCGGGAUGCACUUAACUCUCUCCAGGGAGGACAGGGUUAAAAGCCCCAUCUGACUUCUCUUGGAAAGCUUAGAGUUGCUGCGGCUCCUCCCAAGCAUUCUUUAAACUAGAGAAGUGGGAGGGACUCCGCAAGGGUGGGAGGAGAGGAGGGGAGCAGAGAAAGAGGGCUCCAGGAGGGGAGCGCGCCAGAGCACGAGGGACCGAGGGAGAGGAGGGGCGCGCGAGCAGCAAAGCCGACCCCGCGAAUUCAUUACAGUAAACAUCUCCCGCGAGGGGGAGGGGGUUGUCAGGAGGGGUAGGGGUGGGGACCUCGCUCCGAGCCUACAUUAGGCUGACCGGGUCCGAUCCCGGCUGCAGUGUGGCUGGAGCAGCCUCCAGACCGGCUCCCCGCAGACGCUGCACUUGGAGCCAGCUCCGCGCCCGCCCCCGCGCAGCCCGAACUGUACGCCCCGCUGCUCGUGGUCCGCGCACACUCUGUGACCGAGCUCCCGCCCGGUUCCCCAACCGACUCGCGCAGCCCCCGGUUUUUCAGCAGUCCGGGACUCGCUCGGACGCCCUCCACCACCCUCCUAGAUCGCCCUACUUUUUUUUCGGGGGUUCGAGGCGGAGAGGGUGAGACUGAGGAGAGGAGACCCGAGCUGCGGCGGCAGACCGAGUCUAGAGAAAGUGGCAUGCCCGACCCCUGGAGGCGGAGGUGUCGGAGGACCGGGGAAGACGAUGCCGCGGCUCCGUAGGGGAAGUAGGCGACAGCAAGCAAGGCGAGCCGGGUGCUGGGGCGCCGGCAGGGUGCCGGGGGGCGCGCACCGCUCUGAAGCUCCAGCCUUUGCCUCCCCCGGCUCCGACGCAGCGGGAGACCGAGCUCGGUUCCAGCAGCCGCCGCCGCCACUCGGAGGACCUAGCAAAAGUUUGGAUCUUGGGGAGGGCGCUGUGCUGAGAGGAAUUACCGGCGGGGCUGGAGGGAGACCUGAAAACCCUUAGCAGAUUACUGACUCUGCUUAACCAAGAAAUUCCUAGGCUGCUCUACCCUGGCCUGACUCAUUAUAGAAGAAGGAAGAUUUGCCUGCCUGGCUGGACUUCUCUUGACAGUACUUGGCAUCACGCUUUGCUUGUGUUGAAAAUUCUUCCUGUUGAGUCGUUUUGCACAAGGAGGACCACUUCAUGAGGGCAACCUAGGGAGAUCAGACUGAAAACAUCAGAAAGAUUGUUUUACCAUUGUCCCUUGGAUCAUUUCCUCUAACAGAAGUGAUAGACUUUGACAGAACCUGGUCCAGUCAUUUGGAUUUUGCUUUCUGGUUUUUGCUAUUGUUUGUUGCGCUUUUGUUUUUGAUUUUUCCCCCCCAUAUCACAUAGUAUUUUAUUUCUUUUCUUCAGAAAUGGGCCUGCAGACUGCAAAGUGGCCCAGCCAUGGGACUUUUGUUCUAAAAUUUUGGCUCAUCAUGUCCCUGGGACUGUACUCACAUGUGUCAAAACUCCUGGCCUGCCCUAGUGUGUGUCGAUGUGACAGGAACUUUGUCUACUGUAAUGAGAGAAGCUUGACCUCAGUGCCUCUUGGGAUCCCGGAGGGCGUAACCGUACUCUACCUCCACAACAACCAAAUUAAUAAUGCUGGAUUUCCUGCAGAGCUGCACAACGUACAGUCAGUGCACACGGUCUACCUUUACGGCAACCAACUGGAUGAAUUCCCCAUGAACCUCCCCAAGAAUGUCAGAGUUCUCCAUCUGCAGGAAAACAACAUUCAGACCAUCUCGCGGGCUGCUCUUGCUCAGCUCCUCAAGCUGGAAGAACUACACCUAGAUGACAACUCCAUAUCUACAGUGGGAGUGGAAGACGGGGCCUUCCGGGAGGCAAUAAGCCUCAAACUGUUGUUUUUAUCAAAGAAUCACCUGAGUAGCGUGCCUGUUGGGCUCCCCGUAGACUUGCAAGAGCUGAGAGUGGAUGAAAACCGAAUCGCGGUCAUUUCAGACAUGGCCUUUCAGAACCUCACAAGCUUGGAGCGUCUGAUCGUGGAUGGGAAUCUUCUGACCAACAAGGGCAUUGCUGACGGUACCUUCAGCCAUCUCACCAAGCUCAAGGAAUUUUCCAUAGUCCGGAACUCGCUCUCCCACCCGCCUCCCGACCUCCCAGGUACGCAUCUGAUCAGGCUCUACUUACAGGAUAACCAGAUAAACCAUAUCCCAUUGACAGCCUUCGCAAACCUCCGUAAGCUGGAAAGGCUCGAUAUAUCCAAUAACCAGCUACGAAUGUUAACUCAAGGAGUCUUCGAUCAUCUCUCCAACCUGAAACAACUCACCGCUCGGAAUAACCCUUGGUUUUGCGACUGCAGCAUCAAAUGGGUCACCGAAUGGCUCAAAUAUAUCCCUUCUUCUCUCAAUGUGCGUGGUUUCAUGUGCCAAGGUCCCGAGCAAGUCCGGGGGAUGGCUGUCAGGGAGUUGAAUAUGAAUCUCUUGUCUUGUCCCACCACGACUCCCGGCCUACCUGUCUUUACCCCAGCUCCCAGUACAGUGUCUCCAACAACUCAGUCUCCCACUGUCUCUGUUCCAAGCCCCAGCAGAGGCUCGGUGCCUCCAGCUCCCGCCCCAUCCAAACUUCCCACCAUCCCGGACUGGGAUGGCAGAGAAAGAGCGACCCCACCUAUUUCUGAAAGGAUCCAACUUUCCAUCCACUUCGUUAAUGAUACUUCAAUUCAAGUCAGCUGGCUGUCUCUCUUUACGGUGAUGGCCUACAAACUGACGUGGGUGAAAAUGGGCCACAGUCUCGUAGGGGGAAUCGUUCAGGAACGCAUUGUCAGCGGUGAGAAGCAGCACCUGAGCUUGGUUAAUUUAGAGCCCAGAUCCACGUACAGGAUUUGUUUAGUGCCACUGGACGCGUUCAACUACCGCACUGUGGAAGAUACCAUCUGUUCUGAGGCCACCACCCACGCCUCUUAUUUGAACAAUGGCAGCAACACUGCGUCUAGCCAUGAGCAAACAACUUCCCACACCAUGGGGUCCCCUUUUCUGCUCGCGGGCUUGAUCGGGGGUGCGGUGAUUUUUGUGCUCGUGGUCUUGCUCAGUGUCUUUUGCUGGCACAUGCACAAAAAGGGACGCUACACCUCCCAGAAGUGGAAAUACAACCGGGGCCGACGGAAAGAUGACUAUUGUGAGGCAGGUACCAAAAAGGACAACUCCAUCUUGGAGAUGACAGAAACAAGUUUUCAGAUUGUCUCUUUAAAUAACGAUCAGCUCCUUAAAGGAGAUUUCAGACUGCAGCCCAUUUAUACCCCAAAUGGGGGCAUUAAUUACACAGACUGCCACAUCCCCAACAACAUGAGAUACUGCAACAGCAGUGUGCCAGAUCUGGAGCAUUGUCACACGUAACAGCCUAGAGGUCCAGCGUUAGAAAGGUGGACAACCGAACUCUCAAGAACACACACACGUGUGCACACAAAGACAUGCAAAUUACAUUUGAUAAAUGUUACCCAGAUGCAUUUGUGCAUUUGAAUACUCUGUAAUUUAUACGGUGUACUAUAUAAUGGGAUUUAAAAAAAAAGUGCUAUCUUUUCUAUUUCAAGUUAAUUACAGUUUUGUAACUCUUUGCUUUUUAAAAUUAAAAAAAAAUGUUGCUGAAGUACUGUACGGGGUUGUACAAUGAGAACCCAAUGCCAAGGCAGAAGAACAAGUGAUUCAUCCUUAUGAUGCAUAUUAACCACUUCGCUGUUGAGGCUGUCAGAAUAAAUUCCUUUUCUAGAGCGGAUAGUCAUGUGAAAGGAUAAUGUCAGAUGGGCUCACCAGAGUAAGAGGGAGAGUUUGAGUGAAGAAAGAAUGGCCUAGUUAUUUCUAUAUUUUCUAUACCUCUUGAAUGAAACACUUUGUGGAAAAAAUCUAUAAUGUAAUAAUCAAGGUAGUUAUUCCAGUUUGACUGAGUGCAGGAAAUAAAGAGAAUAUCGAGAUGAAGCCAGUUCCCAUGAGAUAAGUUAGGCCUACUUGACCAAAUCAAGGAAACUGCGGGAUUUGAAAUGUACUUAAAGCCCCAAGGUUGGCUUUCUGACUGUGAACUUGAAAAUCACUCUUCAGGCUUCCCUGGCCUUAUGCGAUAACAGAUUGGAAACCUGAAUCUCCUUCUAGUUUUCUUCAGAGACCAGUAUCAUCAAUUCUAGCAAGAAAAUUCCCCUCAAAACUGUCACUGUUCAAAUCACAUGGCAGGUUGAAUCUUACCCAACAGAGUUAUAUUCUAGAAUAAUUUUUUAGAAGAGGCUAAUAAAAAUAAUGGGAAAAUUAUAUUGAAUGGAAUUAUUUUUGAUAAUGAAAAUUAUUUGGGUAUAUUCACUAAAGCUAUAUCAACAUGAUAUUUAGACCAACAAAGGAGCAGUGUUCAGAAUCUAUUAUGGUAAUGUGUUGAUUUCAAAAGUACUAAGAACAUUUAGGCAAAAAUAUUUGUGGUUCUCUUUCACUGUGUCAACAGACUUUGUUAGUACCAUGUUGAAAUAGCUUGAAUUAAUACCUGUAUUCUCCCUCAAAUUCUUGUCUUCCGAUCAUCUUGCAUAUAUUUUUUUUGUAAUUAAGUUGUAUAUGCCAUCUCCCCCCUGCCCCUUGCUGGGUAUUUCAAAGAAAAAUAUGGAUGCAAGUUUUGGUUGCACAAAUAUUCCUGUGUAUUUUUGCAUAGUAAAUUCCAUAUUACCAUUCAUUGCCAAUGAUUCUGUGAAGGCACCCAAGCUGGCCAAAACAAUGAGUACUGUUAAAAGCAAUACUGUGUUUUCAUUUUGAAUGAACUUUGCUCCUGUUCCAAACAGAAAUUCCAUUUGUUUCUUUUAGAUUGUGGAUCCUCCUCUAAUUUGGUAAUUUCAGAACAAUAAUCAACCAUAUGGUAAAAGACUACCAGUAAAAACGAGUAACUCAGAGAAUGAAAGUUUCCCCAAAUCAUGGCAGACAAGGGCCAAAAGCAGAGGGCAUGGUAGGAGAGAGGUGUAUUCAUGGUUGAUUCUAGAUAUUUUUCAACCAACUCCAUUUUCAGGAAACAGGCAUAAUUUACCCUAAUUCUUGUCAUCACAUAGGUGUAGAAGGGCUAUAGACCUCAUGUACUGUCUAAAAAAAUUCACCCUUGGGGAUUUUUUUUUCAAACCCACUUUUAUGUAUUUCAUUCUCUGCUCCUUGACAAUCAUCCUCCACCUUAGAGACUCAUGAAAUCAAUGCCAUUCUCUCUCUCUCUCUCUCUCUCUCUCUCUCUCUCUCUCUCUCAGCAAAAUAAAACUGUGAUGUGUCUUCUUGUAAAAUUUAGGUAUACAAUGCUAUGCAAGCUUUUCUUUAUAGUGAGAGCUUUAUUUUCUUUAAUAAUAUACCCUGACAUAUGUUUUAAUCUCCCUCAUCCCUCAGAAUAGGCAGAAAGCUGUAACUGCAGCGAUAAUGUUGUAGACACAAGCAUUGAAACUGUGCAGUCAGUAGAGCUGAACAUAGUUACGAAUUAAUUUAAUUAAUUCUAAAAUGACUCGGGUUUCCACUUUAGUCUAUUAGCUCAAGAGUUUGGGCUGUUGGUUUCUGCAAAAGUAGGUUCACACAGUAAAGGGAUCAGACCAUCUGGAACAGUGAUCAGUGUAGCGUUACAUCAUUUAAAACCAGGACAGUAACAUGGGGCUCUGUCCGUUAGCUGGAUGUUUCCCUUUCAAUGUCCUCUUGCCUCUCACUAUGUAGGUAAAACUGUGUGCUGAACAAUAUAAAGGUACUUUGACUCUUUUGAGGAUUUUUAUUUUGUUAUAAAAGAAAACCAUUACUGUCUCUUGGUAUUGUGUAUUUAACUCCCAGUUGGAUUUGGGACUGUGGAAAUGUCUUUUCUUUGUCCCAAGAGGAACAAGAGUGGAGAGGUUCCUACAAUAUUGAAUGGCAUCCACAACAGUAUUGGGAGUCAAAGUGGUACCGGGGGGGAGAGCCAGUCAUGUGAAACCUUUAGGGUGCUCUCAAAACUGCUCUGGUAGAAGGCGUUUCUGAAAAGAGAAUCUUUAUUUUGAUCUCAUGAACAACACGGAAAGGAUGUCUACCACGAAAAUCAGAUGCCCAUCUGAUCACAUCCAUAGUACUGUGCCUGAGGGACUCGCCUACAUUGGUUUAAAAAUCACCUCAUGAAAUCUAUACUAGCAUAUGAAAAUUUGAAAAACAAAUGGCCAGCAAUCCUUACUGGAUGGCAUUUUGACUGGAAUCUUUAAUUGGGAGACUGCAUUCUGCAGUUCCCUCUCCUCUGGUUUUGAUCCUCUCUCGGCUUCAUUAUUUAUUUUGGGGUGAUUAGUCAAGUGUCAAAGUUGAGUUGAUCCCAUAUAUUGUCUACCCGCUGUCUGCAGACUAACUAUACUUGCACAGGACAUUGCAAAAGAGAAAGCAAAUCCUAGCCACACAGAUAUUACUGAUAGUUAAACAGAAGGUGGUCACCCAUACCCCCUUGCUUGUAGAGAUGCAUUUGACCCUAGAGAGGUCCUGGGUUUCACUUAAACACUGCCAUAUGCAUUGGACAGGUAGUACAACACAUGGGUCAAUCACAGACAGACAUGACAAGAGUGUUCCCUACUUAAUUUUGAUACAAGUGGAAAAAUCCUCCCUUGUGAGAAAUAAUGCUAUUUGUAAUUUUCCAGAUGUUUGUUGAUACAAUAUUAGACAUUUUCUCUCAAGAGUAAAACAGAAUCUGUAAUAUCAACCCUUAGAUAAAGAUGUAUUAAUGGCAUAGCUAAUAUUACACCUUUGGUUUUUUAAUAAUGGAGGUCAUAUUGGUCUUAAGCAUGGUGCACAGCCAGAAUUUCCUUCUCCCCUUGAGAAAACAUAGAUCUUCAUGUGAGGGGACCAUCUAUUCCAAACACAAGGCACCAUUGUUUUUUUUGUUUUUUGUUUUUUGUUUUUUGUUUUUUUUGAGGCAGGUGCCACACUGGAUCAGCAUACUUCAGCUGCAUCAUCCCUGCGGCUUUAAACAGUGAAGUGGUUAAUUUCCAUUGAUGUCUUUGUUUAUAUCAUUUAUCUCUGACCUACCAAAACAGAAUAUUAGACGUUGCUUUAGAACUUGAGGAGAACAUAUCAGCUCGUAACUUGCUUUUUCCAAGUGAAUAGGAAAGCAAAAUGGAACAGUGCCCUACCCAAAAAUAAUAUUUACACAAAACGACUCUCAAUUCUUAGUCUUGUCAAACUUUGCUUCUUUUAAAGUUGAAGUAAGAAAUGAUAGGAAGCUGUAUCUUCACCCUUUUCCAGUUUUAUCAGAGGGAUUGAAGGAAUUGUUGGCAACAGGGAUGCUGUUCACUGAUUGUGGGGAAAACGUUUUGUACUCAGUAUAAUACUGUUUUAGCAAACCAGAGUGUUCUGUUAUAGCAUUUGGUUUUCUAGCUGCACAUCCACCAGAAGAGCACAAACCAAGGCCAUUGCAACAGAUAUUUUAAAAUUAAUAUAAUACAUGCAAAUCCACGCAUACACAUACAUGGGGGUGUUUGUAAAGGUGUCUGUGGGAUGUGAGAUUUGUAACCAGUUAUGGGAAAAGUGAGGUGCCACCACUGUAUACACUCCUAGGAUGAUAUUUACUGAACCAGUAACUUUGACGAUCUGUUACUGUUUGAAUCAUAUGUUGAUUUAAUUCUGGUUUGUGUUUAGUGUGUUUCUCUGAAAAGGGACUGCAAGGGGGCUGGAAGAUUCUGUGUCAUGCAUCCUCGGAGACCUACCAUGUUGCACACUUUGUUAACUACAAACUUCACUCUACACUAUACAGUACCUUGUUGAUAUAUUCAGUAAAGGCUUAUUUUAAAAGAAAA